AUGGCUGAGAACAGUGAGCCGGUAAUUUACAACAAUCGGUACCGAUUACAAAGAAAACUUGGCGAAGAAAAUUUUCAGACAGCGUAUCUUGUGACUGAUGUCGAAGCGGAAAAUGAAUUAAAAGUGUUACAAAUCAUUCCGUUGAAUGGUGCACUUCAUGAACAUGCACCUGAAAUUAUCGAUAGAGCUAAACGCCUAGUAGACUUAAACAACAAACACAUUGUGAAAUAUCAUGAAACCUUCACAGAGCAGAAUCAUUUGUAUAUCGUGGCAGAAUAUUGCGAAGAUGGUAACAUGGAACAGUAUCUGAAUACGCAAACUGAGGCGAUGAUACAAGAUGAAGUGAUCGAAUGGUUGGUACAAAUCUUAACUGCUGUGAACUAUAUGCAUAAGUCAAACAUGUUUCAUCGAAAUUUGAAAUUAAAAAAUCUAUUUUUGAAGUCAAAUAAAAUCAAAGUGGGAAAUUUUGACAUUACAAGCAUAUCGUAUCCCAGUAUUGAUGUCGCGUCAACAUUUACUGAGUUUCCAUACUUUCUAGCACCGGAAGUAUUGAACAACAAUGUGUUCUUGGCAACAUCUGAUAUCUGGGCAAUCGGUUGUUUGUUAUAUGAAAUGUGUACUUUUCAACAUAAUAUUCUUGAUACAUUUGUGAUGAAUAUUAUGACAAACAUGUUGUGCAACGGAGGAAAGAGAUUUUAUCUUCCAAAAGUAUAUAGUAAAGAGCUAAAUGAUUUAUUCACAAAAAUGUUGGCUAACGAUCCGCUAAAACGACCGAGUGCCGAGAAAUUGCUAUAUUCACGUCUGCUCAGUACUCAUCAAAACAAUACCAACCGAUCGGAUCAACAAAAUAAGCUGACGAAUGCAAUGAACAGCAUAGUAACAAAUCAAUCAUCUUGUGAAGAUAAUAGCAGCACUAGACAGAAAAACUGGUCAAAUAGCAAACGCAUUCUGCCGGCAAUACCACGAGCAAUCAAACAAAUCGAUACAGUGCACGAUAGUGAACAGCACAAGGAAGACAAAUCAUCUGAAUCAGCAGACAUAAGGAUGAAAAUAGAUGGGUUACGAAAAAAAGCUAUUGAUUUGUUAGGUGAAAGCAAGUUUGAAGAAGUUUAUAACUAUUUGAUGCAACAGCGCAUAGCACAGAAAAACGAUCCACAGUUGGAUUAUGUCACGAUCUAUCGAGGUCUAGCAGCAUUGGCGGUAAGACCUCGAGACUGUCAUUUUGUCGACGCACUGGUCUUUUUGGAAGCGACAUUAAAUGAAAUAUGA